AUCUAGCGGCAUUAUUCCGCGAUUUUCAAAUUUUUGUUUUAUCUGUGUGUGUCUCAGGUAUAAUAGAUUUAAAUAACUCGAGCAGAUAACUAAAGAAACCACCAAUUCACCAAGGAAUCGCGAUCGCGCCGUGUUUACCUACUGAGUCCUUUUUCAAUGGCGGAAUAUUUGAGUUGAGGGCUCCGGGCCUGAGGUCAUUGCAUGGGUAUCGAAAUCUGUCGAUCAGUUGUGACACUACAUUUACUUUAACAAUAUCAACUUGGUCGCUACUCUAAUAGAUUUUGUUCCUGGGGUAUUGAAUGGACAGUUAAUAACGCAUCGACUAUCACCCACUAGAAUUGAGUCCAACAAGUGAUAACUUGACUUACUGACCUCAACUCAGAGACUUGACAGGUCCUGUGACAACGUUGUACGGCGACAGAGAAUCAACAUACAGGACUUAUCUUAUCAUUUAUUUGUUCAAAACAUUAAAUUGAUUCUAUACUACAUAUUUCAGGUACAUCUUAUUAAAUAUGCCGCGUAAAAUACCGUUCAGUAUCGUCCAUGCCAGUAGCAGUGAUGAUGCGUAUAGUGUGAAGGAACUGGAAGUUCACAAUCCUCUUGUAAAGGGAUGGGUGACUGGACGGUUCUGUCUUUACCCACAAGAACUGGUUCUGAGAUUAACUGAAAGAGCUCGUAUCCGAAAACUUCAAAUUUUGUCACAUCAGUUUCUUAUAGGUACCAAAAUUGAGUUUUUUAUAGGAAAUCUCCCACCUGACCACAUCACAACUUUACAUGGGACACGAUAUAAACGUUUAGGGUAUGUUUCCCUAUCAGACAAUGAGAAGACUGGUUUCAAAGCUCGUGAAUUGAAGUCUGUUCAUGUUGAUGCAAUGGGACAGUACCUGAAACUGGUGAUCCAUAAAAACCAUGUCAAUAAGUAUAAUCUUUUUAACCAGGUUGGACUGGUAGCAAUAAAUGUAAUAGGAGAUGACCUACUUGAUCAAGAUGAGAAACCAGUUGAUCCCACUGAUCCAUCAUUGAAAUAUUUAUUGAAUACGUACCUACCAACUGGCAGAUCAUUCCAGGAUGAUCCAACUGGUAGUCAUGACAACGACAUGCCUGAUCCAGCUAUUUGGGGUGCCAUAAACAGACCAGAUUAUAUAUCCCCUAUGGAUGACCUAGCCUUUGAUAUGUACCAGGAUCCAGAAGUAGCCCAGAUUAUACGCAAGCUUGAUGUAAGAAAAAAUGAAGCAGUACUACAAGAAAGAUACGACCUUGCCAAGAGACUAAAACAGGCCAUUGCUGACUUACAGAAGGUUGGGGAAAAACUUGGCAGAUUUGAAGUUGAGAAAAGAAGGGCUGUUGAAAAUGAAGAUUAUGAUUUAGCUAAAAUAAAGAAGAUGCAGAUGGACGAGUACCGUCUCCAAAUUUAUAAACAACUUGAACUUCAUGAUUUACUGGAUAUAACAAGAUCUGAGCGUGAUAAAUUACGAACACCACCAAGAGAAUAUUCACCACCACCACCGACCUUAGAAACAAUACAAGAAAGUCCACGUCAACCACCGCCACAAAGACAGCCAGAACCAGUUAAUGAUGAGAGACCAUUACCUGCCCUGAAAAAUUCACCACGAAGAGAGCCAUCACCAGAUACAGCAAGAACUGUAGAAGAAGACAGCGCUGGAAUUACAGGGGAGCCUGAACCUAUGACUGAAAAGCAAAUGAGGGAAGCAGGCACUGUCAUUGAUGUAUUUGGGAUCCAUUUGGUGUCAGGAGCAUUUUCUAAAACAUGGUCAUACAGAGAAGAUGCAUUUGUGGCAAUUUAUAAACAGAUGGAAGAAAUGCCGACUGGUACGGACAAAGAAGAGUUACGUAAUUUACUGCGAGCUGCGAUAUUUCUGAUACAGAAAGGAAUCAGAGACAAAGUAUUUGCUGUAUUCAAUGCGGCAUUGAACUUACUAAGAAUGAUUUUAGAAGAAUGGAUUCCAAAACAUAAAAUACCAAAACAAGAUACCACCCAUGCUGUUGAUAAAACUCUUCCUGAGUUGCUUGCAAGGACUGGAGACACAGCACAGAGACUUAGAGAGACUGAUAUUAAAUUCAUUGUAGAAAUGGCACAGUUUAAAGAAGUCCGAUCAAUGGUUCCACAUACCUGUGUACAACCAUUCAAGCUAUCAAUGGCUACUAGACUGGCUGUCAGUCGUGUGGUUAUUGUGGAGAAACUGCUUAAUCAACUGGGACUGGAAAAGAACAGUGGACUGACUGUUGACAAUGUUAUGAAAUUCUGUGUCAACGCUUUGGACCACAAUGCUGGAGAAGUAAGAGAUGGAGCAGUGCGGAUAAUAUUUGAUCUGUAUCGUAUGCGAGGUGAUGAAGUGCGUGAACAUUUACCGCCAGAUGAACCAUCAACGCGUAAAAAUACACUAUACCGUCAAAUAUUUGAAGGUUUUGACAGAAUUGAUGGACGACCGACAGAAGCUGAACUCAAGUCACAACAGAAAGCUGCUCAGAAAGCAGAUCAUGAGCGGAAACAAGCUCAGAUUAACGCAUUGCAGUCUGAAUUACAACAAUUGAAAGAUUUAGCAUCAACUCAAGGCAAGAAAGAUGCGGAUGAUGAAUCUAAGAGUGGGGAUAUUAAUAUUCAUAUCAAUGUGGUAUCUGGAAAAGAUGGUGCAAGCAGUCCUAAUAAAAACACACGUCAGCUCCAGAAUAAAGCCAAGUCCACCAAAGCAUCUAGCAUUGCUGAUGGGUCUGAGUUUGGUGAAGAUAUCGAUAAAAUGUGCAUAUUCUGUAAUGAGAAGAACGAUGAUUUUAAUGAAGAAGGUCUUGAUUUGCAUUACUGGAAACAUUGUCCAAUGUUGAAACGAUGCACUCACUGCAAACAGGUUGUUGAAAUUUCUGGGCUGACAGAACAUCUCUUAACAGAAUGUGAGAAAAGAACACAGUUUGCAAAAUGUCCUCGAUGUCAUGAAGCAGUGGAAAAGGCCCAGCUUGACAAACAUGUGCAAGAAAAAGUCUGUUCUGUGGCAAGAUCUAAAGAUCAAGCAAACCGAUGUCCGUUAUGUCAUAUGAAUAUUGCGGCUGGUGAGGACGGCUGGAAGAAACAUUUGAUGAGUCGUGAUGGUUGUAAGAAUAAUCCUCGCAGAGAAUUAGCGUUAAAACGAGCUCAAGAACAAAGAGGAAAAGCUGGUGCUGGCCGUGGCCGAGUUGGCAAAGCUGGAGCAGGUCGAGGCAGGGGUACUAGCAGAACUCCAAGGAAAUAAACAAAUCUCAUCCUACUUAAAUUCUGACAUUUAAUGGUAUCAAUUAUUAUACAUCUAGUAACGAAAAAAAUACAAUUUGUUGAUCCAUACAAAUCUGUACCAGCACUCGUUCUAAAACGUAUCAGUACUCAUGAACAUUUGAAUUUGUCCUUAUAUGGGGUAAACUACAUCACUAAUAUUGACAUGCUCUAGGUUAUUGACGUUACAUUCAAACAUUUUCCUUUGUUUACAUUGAACGCAGAAGCGUUAUAGCGUGAUGGAAAUAGAAUCCUGUCACUCGCGAUAAUGUUCACACACCACAAAACAUUUUUCAUUAUC